GUGGUUCAGCUGAACAUUGUUUUCUGCUCCACGCAUCAUGGACAAACCUCUCUUACCCAGAGAGUCCGGGCGGUUCGUAGCAGAGCGCAGUCGAGAUGUGUUUAUCGAGGACGCCGGAGUGCAGAAGGUGGCAGAGACGCUCUAUGAUCUCAGACACACCGAUGCUCUGACCGCCAGUGGAUGGAAGAACGCAAAUCCACUGGCUCCAGCCCCCACCUCAGACCAGGGGAGUAACUGGGUGUUUGUGGUGGACACCAUGAACUUUUCUUUUUGGCCGGAGAAGGAAACGGAGCAGUGUGAGGUGACCUAUAAAGGCACGACUUACACGGGCUACAUGACCCUGUGUGCAUCUAUCAGCAGGGCCAUGGAAGAAGGUCUACCCAUUACUGAUCCAAAGUACUUUUCCCAGAUGAGCAUGGAGGAGUUGGGGCGCGUCCUUCGAUCAGACAAUGAAACGGCCAUGCCGAUGCUGCGGGAACGCCACCAGGCGCUGACUGAAGGUGGCCGUGUGCUGCUGGAACACGGUGGAAGUUUUCAGAGCUUCAUCAGCCAAGCUGGAAGUGACGCCCGGAAGAUGGUGGAGUUUAUUGUAGAAAAGAUCCCGUCCUACAGGGACGUAGCCACGUACGAGGACAAGAGAAUAUCUUUCUACAAGCGAGCACAGAUCUUGGUGGCAGAUUUCUGGGGCAUGAUGGAGGCCAGAGGAGAAAGAAGCAUCACCAACAUAGACUGGCUCACCAUGUUCGCAGACUACAGGGUCCCUCAGGCGCUCGUCUACUUGGGAGUACUGCGGUACUCCGACUCGUUGUUGCAGGCGCUUAAAAACGGUGAGCUGCUGCCUUCAGGAGACCGGAGAGAAGUGGAGAUCCGAGGUUGUUCGAUUUGGUCUGUGGAGCUGAUUAAAGAACAUCUUUGUAAGCUGGUGCAGGAGAAAGAUGGACAGGUCUGCAACAUCAACUCUGCCAUCAUCGACUUCUAUUUGUGGCCUUUCGCAAAGCAGCACCACAAAGAGAUGGCCCACAUUCCCAUACACCUGACACGCUGCAUUUACUAUUGAUCGACCAACUGUUUUGUUCCCAU